UCAAUUUUGACAUCGUAGCGUCAACAUGUUCCUGCAAUUACUUCAGGUUUUCCAAACCUUCGCAGCUUACAGCUUGCUGUUUUUCGUAUUUUCAAUUGGAGCGUUACUCAAACCAAGGCCACUUUUUCGAGAUGUCAUUGUCCGAGCUUUCGAUGCCGUCACCAGGACAAAGUUGCCUGUGGCCUCUUACUGGGAAUCCCUCUUCAGCGAUCAGAUGUUCCAAAACGUAUGGCACAGCGUGGAGUUGGACCUGUACAAGAAGAUCAAGGAAGGCUGUAAAGCACCUGACACACCUGUCGUUUCCUUGUCUGCAAAACACUGUUUUUCCCUGUUGAAGAUGGCAAAAUCUGGACGUCCUCUCGUUCUGAACUUUGGAAGCUGCACCUGCCCAAUAUUCAUGAGCCAGUUAGAUGCAUUUCAGAAGAUGGUCAACGACUUCAGCCAAGUUGCUGACUUUUGUGUUGUUUAUAUUGAGGAGGCGCAUCCCUCUGACGGAUGGGCACUAGAGGUAACUUUAAUUAGUUCUUCCAGAAAACGCGAAAACUUUAAAAACUAUAGAAAAAAAAAGAGAGACAGAAAAAAAAACAACGUUGCCACAAACACAUUCUCAACAUUCUAGCACUUGGGGGAGUCUCAAACGCAUUUUGUCCUGCGGCAAGCGAAACACUUUUGCGCAUGUAAAUUUUAUCUUUAAGUCAAACUUAUAAUUUCAAUGUUACUGAGAUACGAGGUAAUACUGACUAGCACAUAAGAGUGGUAUAUAUUUUCUUAUACGCUAAUAUUGAUUGGGUAGCAAGUGCUAACAAAUUUAUUUUGUUCCAGGACAAUUGCGAAAUCCGAACACACAGAACACAGAACGAAAGAUGCCUCGCCGCCCGAGUAUUGGCGCGAAAACUUCCCGGAUGUCCAGUAGUGGUGGACACAAUGCUUGACGCAGCCAACAUUGCCUACGGUGCCCUUCCCAUCCGCUUCCAUGUAAUUGAGGACGGAAGAGUUGCUUAUGAAGGUGGGCCUGGUCCUAUGGGCUAUGACAUGAUGGGCGUGAGGCAGUGGCUUGAAAAGAACUAUGUUACCGUGUCACCGUAGGACAAAUAUAAAACGUUUCAGUGGAACUACCGAAACAUCAAAGCAGAGACAUGCGCACAGAAACAUGUCUACAGGAGUCAGCACGUAACCUUCUUCAUCUCGUCUUCGAGAUUUGCCGGAUGAUAAUUUUGCGUCUUGUCGGCUUGAAUGAGCAAAGGUAUACCGUGAACUUUGUUUGAUUAAAAGAGAUGAGUAACAGGAGGCAGGUCACUGACAUGUUGACAAAACUACCUUAACAAACAAAACUCAGUGCAUUAAAAGAGAACAAUAGCCAAACUGUCUUGGGUUUCAAUUUCAAGCGAACUGGCACGGAUUAAUUCAGUGGCUAUAGCCCAUCGCCUUGCUGGCAAAAAGACAAUAAAGUGAAUAGAGACAUAUUUAUAAUGAUGUUAUUUAAAGAACCUAAAGCCGGGCCGAGCCGAGCCUUACACAACGAAAUAUCGCCAAGAGAAAAUUGAAUCAAUUAGAAAAUAUUUAACAGCA